AGUUGUGUGGUGUUUGCACACUUUGAAAACAAAUUAUCUGGAAUUCCCUGAGCGGUUUGUGCGUGUGUUGUAUGAGCAGGUGAGGUAGCCGCGUCCCCAGAAUAAGGCAAAGAUGUCCACCACAGCAAAUACAACCUCUGAAGUGAGCAGUAAUGAGUGGGAAUUCAUACACAUGAGCGAGCAAGAGGAGGAUCUCAUUUGCAGAAUGUACAAGCUAGUUGGUGACAGGUGGAAUCUGAUAGCGGGUCGCAUUCCAGGUCGUAAAGCAGAAGAAAUAGAGAGAUUUUGGAUUAUGAGACACGCUGAUGCUUUUUCUGUUACAAGAAAUCAAAGUAAAGCCAAACACUCGUGAUUCUUUUUUCUCUCUUCAAGUGGGCUAAAUUCUCGUAAAUAUACAUUAAUUUUGUUCUGGAUUUUACAGAAUUAUCCCCUCAUUGUGUUCCCUCUCCUUCAACCUAGAAGCUACGGAAAAGUUUGCAUUUUAGUUUGUAUAAAAAAAAAAAGUUUGUACCAGUCUGCUUUAAUUUAAUUGAGUGAUUUAUUCACA